UUUUUAUAGAAUGGUGAAUGUUAGUUCAAAUGUAAGAGACAUAACACAGCUGGACAGAUACGACCAAAAUAAGUUUAAGCUACAUUCCAGUAUACGAUGGCUGUUCAGCUUUAUACCUUCAUACCACAAAGAUAAAGUGAAGAACAAUGUCCGGAAUAAUCUAGACUUUCUUCAGUUACCUCCUAAAACUAUAGCAGGGAGCGCUAUCUGGAGAGAUGUGAUCGCACUGCUGGUGUCCUGUGAAGCCUACAGGUGCGCUUCUCUUGCUAUAUUCGGGGCUCCAGCCCCACAGAACCACUGGCAAGUGAUACAGAAGUUAGCAAGACACGGAUUCUACGUGGUGACAGAAGAUGGCACGGGGGUAAUACAGACUGCACUUCUGACUGCUAACCCUUUUAAUCAGGCCAGUCACAUAGCAAUGAUAGACUGUCUGAUGCAGGCUUAUUCCUGUCGUCUCGUCACCAUCCCUCGUGCGGUGGCAGUUGUCAAGAAGAUAGGUACAUUCAACGCCUCACAAGAGCUGCCCUACGAUCUAGAGGACUCCCUUGUUCUUUGGAUAAACAAGAUCUGCCAAAAAGUAAAGAAAGGUUUGAAUGAAGCGGUGACAAUAAAGAAGCAGAACUUAAAACAGGGGCUAGUUCACCCUUCUGCUACUCUGCUGCCUCCUCACAUACCUUUUGUUGAGGACCUAGUGCAGGAUAUAGGAGAUGGACAAUGUUUAGGAGUACUAACUCACCACUAUCUGCCUAACGAUCUACCCCUUGAAGCGCUAAAGUUUGGCAGCACUCUGCCCCAGUGUGAUAAAGCAUCGAACUUGGGUGCAGUUAGGUUCGCUAUAGUGACAGAGCUUGGAGCGUCCUGGUUCCCUUUAAGCGUGGAAACUUUCCUUAACCCCAGCUUCGUUACCAAGACUAAUGUUAUUGUGUUCAUCAGUGAACUCUUCUGGAAAUGGGAGGUAAAAGGGACAAGUAGGAACGAAUUUAGCUCUGAGUGCUGGCUGAAGGAGGAUGAGAGGUCAGGUGAACCAGAUAUGAACUGUGCUGCUGCAGCUACAGAGAUAUCACAGCAGCUAGAGAAAUGCCCGGUGUCAUUGGAACCGAUCACAGGUCGUCUGGAGUCCAGUUCUGAGUCAUCUUCAGAUGAGUUAGAUCAACCCUUACUUCCGAUAAUAGAGAUUGUUCCUGAUCUGCCUGAGAAGUUAAUCCCUGAAUUGGGACAAAGAGAGAUAAUAAAAUACACAGAGCUGCCGAACGUGGAGGAAGAAGGGGAGGAGGAAGACUCAGCUAUAUCCAGUCAAGAUGAAACAGACCUGCGUCCUAAUAAGUACUUUGAUCCUGCCGACUCCUCUGCUCUGAUACAGUCCACUGUAACGGGGUUUACUAAGAGCUCACAGAGUCUCGGGAGUCUGGAUCAGAUGAUCGCUGAAGCUAAGGAAGAACUGAAAGCAGAAGAUGAGAGUGUAAUUGUUAAUGGUUAUAUUGGAACUGGACCCACCCCACAGUCACUCCGUAGGUUACACAAAGCUACAGAAAGUGUGGACUCUACCAGUGAAUCAGAAUCGUCUAGCGAUGACGAAGAAGAAGACGCUAAGAUCGUACCCACAAAAUCUGAACCUCAACCAGCUGAAGAACCGCCUGUCCCAAGUAAAACUACACAGCCGGACCCGCUGGCUGGUGCGGGGUUGGUUUCAAAGUCGUUACCUUCCCGGCCUGGAGAGGUGAAGAGAACACAUGUACGCAGGAAGAGCGGAGAAGAAAUAGUAGCGGAGAUGAAGAUGGCAGCAGAAGAGAAAAGGGAAUUCUACGUUAACAUUGCAAGAUGGGUAGACACGGUUGAGAAAGAAUGCAAGCCGAAGCCGAUCUCAGCAAGCGAACUAACGACCAACAUAUCCAAAACAAUCGAGACUCACUUCUCCAAACCCCCAGCAGUAGGAGCUAGCUUCACUAUACUGAAAGAGGACAAGUCUGAAGCUCUGAGAAGAGGAAUUCCUGUUAUUGAGAAUAUCCCCGUUACUCCUGCUCCCGCUCCUCCUCUCAAGAUCAAGGGAGACUAUCUGAUGACAGUUAAAGAGCGGGAUGAUGCUAUCAAGAAGCAACAAGAGGAGGAGGAUCGGAAGAAACGAGAGGAACUUGACAAGAAGAGACAGCUGGAAGAAAAGCUAGCAGAAGAGAAGAGACAGAUCGAAGAAAUGAGUGACAGUUCAAACAAGAGUUCGGGGUCCAAGAAAGGGAAGAAAGGAGGUAAAGGGGCAGCUGGUAAGAAAGGAGGUAAAGGCGGGAAGGACACUGCUAAGAAGGAAGGAAAGAGCUUCCCUCGAAGACCAGGAAGUGUUACCUCAAAUAGCUCAGCUGCUUCAUCUGCUAAAGGCGGUAAAGGAGCUAAAGGAAAGAAAGGGAAGACUAAGGAUGACAUGUCGGUGAAGAGUGAGAAGAUGACUAGAUCAAAGUCAGGUAAAAAAGAGCCAGCAGCCAGCAAACGGCGUGUAAAAUCCGCGAGGAGAGCUGGCAAGAGUGUCUCCUUUGUGGAUGAGAAGUCUGAAUCUGAUGCCCCAGAGGUUCCUGCUAUUGAGCUGGUUCCUAAGGAGGAGACAGCAGCCAGAGUGGAAUGUCCGUUCAAGAAAGACACCCAAGUGAUAGGAGAGGACAAGGUAGACCGAAAGAAACUUUCCUAUUUUGUCCCUCUAGAAGAUGCUGGUGUGGGACUAGGGUCAGGGCCGAUAGAGAAACGACCACUCUCAGGUUCAGGGUGGCCGGGUGAUCACGAGAGUGCCGAGGACAGUUUGCUAGCUGUCAGAAACACUGAUUCUGAAGAAUCACUGAGUUCUAGUUCUGGGGAGGAAAGUGAAAGUGAAAGUGAAAGAGAACAGACUAGCCCAGAGUUAGAGCCGAAACAGAGAGUAGAUUUCAAUCAUAUCCUCAACUCUCUGCAACCUCAAUAUGGAUCUGAACCAGUGUUUGUAUUUGAAAGAAGAGACAGCUGCAAAACUCCUCAGACCCCAAUACCCAGUGACCCCAAACAGCUUGUUAUACACCUACAGAUGCAGGAGAAACGCAAAAACAUCGAGAAAAUCAGAUCAGGACUACAGAACAAGUGGGAAGAAGAGAGAGCCCAACUGAACAGGCACGUGUUUUACGAGGCCCUGAAAAAGACGCGCGAUAUCGGAGAACAAGCUAACAGUGAGGAUAUAAGGGCAGAGCUGGAGAGGAGUGACUCUCUGGAACAGUUGAUUCCUCAUCUGGGGUCCAGGACACAGAAGGAUCCUUUCAAUGCUAAACCAGGUCACCCAAAAGGAGCUGCUCCCACCAGUAUCAAACCAACAUCACUCCUGGAAAGAGCUAUCAACGAUACUGAGGAGAUAUUUUCUCCUGUAGUUGACGAUGGAUACGAUAUGAUUGCGCAAGAGAACACGACCACCGAACAACCCCAAAGUAAACCACCCUCCUCUCCUUCCAUUCCUGAUCCUCCACACUCCACAACUAAAACCCUCCCUGAAGAUGACGUGAUGAUGAAGCAGAAGUCAGAACCAGAAGCCAGUCUGGAGGAAUCAUCUUCUGAUCUAGUUGCAGUGUUCAGUAACCACGAGGACUUCCUCUCAACCAAGAUAUCUGUUUCAGAUGCACAGUCUAGUUCUACUUCUAUGAGUAGGAAACCAACUGCUAUGCAGUAUUUCUACGGUUUCUCUGAUGUGGUCUCUGAGGACAAAGUUUCUCAAAAGAGGCAGCAGUUCUUCGUGGCUCAAAAGAAGAAACAAGAAGAACUAAAAGCGCGGCGGGACCUGGAGCUGCAGAGGAAGCUGGAGAAGGACCGUCACCAGAGUCACAUAGAGGGGGAGUUCCGGAGACACGAGGGUAAUCUGGUGACCAAGUGUCCCAGAGCUAAGUCAAGUAGAGUCAGGGUGGUGAGGACUGAGGAGAAGUUACUUCCUGCUCAGCGACCAGCGUCAGCAGCCCCAGGCAGGACCAUGAUGACGUGUAGGACCCCUCAAAUGGACAAGACUCCUGAACAAAGUGCUCCAAGAGGCACCAGCUGUAGAGACGAUAUGCGUGGAAAUAGAGAUGGUACUAGAGACGAUAUGCGUGGUAAUAGGGAGGGUACUAGGGGUCACAUGUACCCUGACAAAAACCGGUUGAUGGAAACUGGUGGAGGUGCAACAUACCGCAAACACUCCUCUGAGAGUAGUCCAGAUGGUAGGAGCAACACUAGAAACUGUCACCUCAGAGAGAAAAUGAACAACACUCCCAGAAACUCUCCACAAAAUAACACCAGAAACACUCCCAAAAACACUCCCCGACCGCCAGCACUGCCACUGUUCGUUCCACCUAGUGCUAAGAGCAACAGUAAAGUUAUCAGUAACGCUGUGUGCUGGACCUGUCUGAGUGGUGUCCCUGAUAAACCUCAACAGCAGCAGGCUCUCAAGGCAAUAGCAAACAACCCUGCUCAGCAGUAUGUCAUCCUCUUCAGAGACCACAUAGCCAAGAAGUUCCGGGGCAUCUACACUUACGAUACUGAAUCAGCCAAGCUGAUAAAGAUUUACGGGAAAGGCCCAAAGACCAUCAUUCAGCAGAUGCUAUCUUACCUAUACAAGUACGACUCAGGCUCCAGAUCCUUCUCCGAUCUCCCCACCCUGUCAUUCUCACUAUCUGUCGACGGCAUUACUAUCAGGAACGAACUGUGGAGGAAAGCUGGUGUUUACCCUUGCUGAAUUCCUAGGGUAACUUAGCAACCUGGGGUAACUUAGCAACCUGGGGUAACUUAGCAACCUGGGGUUACUUAGACUCGAUAUUAAUCAGCCUGGGUGUGGCAACUUUAUUUAAUUCCUCAGCUUUAUCCUAAUCGAGGGGAGGCUUACCCUUAGUGUCAUGUUUAUUGUUUAAAGUUAUGGGACGCAAUUUUGACCUCUGGCAAGCCUACAUAUCUCUACCACACCAUGAAGUGAGAUAGCUAAUAAUCUACUUUUCACAUAAGUUCUGGGGAACCGAAUUUGGUAGUAAAAUACAGGGCGACAAACGGACUAUAUUCAUAAAUUACUAGUGAUAUGAAUAAAGUUAUUGUGUUUGUUACUACUAUACUGUUGCGUUGUCAGUAAAAACUGUAAACUGGGUAUGAGCUAUGAGAUGGAAUGUACUUCAGUUAGGACACUAGGAAUUAUGAUAUCGAGUAUUAGAGGCGGCCGAUUGUUUAUGUUGCAGAUAAACAAUGAUUUGAUGGCAGUGAGGAAAAACUUUGAUCUAUGUAUAAUAUUCAAAACAUAAUUUGAAAAUGACAGCAUGAUAUUUGAUACAGUGAUUUGAACUUAUUCUUAAAAGUUAUAAUGUUCGAUAUAAUUAUAGUUGAAGUGUAUAUAAGUUGUAAAUAUGCAUGUUUCUACGUUUUUGAAGUUAUCAUACCACAUGGUCAAGUUACUAUUUUUCAUUUUAAUAUCUUGGGUCUUUCUUCUAUUUAAUAUACAAAUUGGAUUUUGGUGUCUAUUGAAUGAGAGAUUGUCAUCAGUAAUACCUAUAGUAUGAAAUCAACAAAAUUAUUUCCAAUUCUCAAAAUCAUAAUACAGCAUGUUAGUGUUACCGGUUAAAUUACGAAAGUGCAGUUUUUUCAAAAGGAUCUAUAAUUUGGCCUCACUUAUACAUUAUACAACGUGUAGCAAAGCUAAAUGUGUGACGUGAUAAUCUUAAACAUUAUAUCGAACUUGUUCAAAUAUGUUGAGUUGUGUUCAACUCGGCACACGUUGGUUUA